AUGGCUGAGGUUCGCAGUUUUACUGCUCGACCUUUGUCGAAGCAAACGGCACGCAAGGAUUUGAGAGAUGCCUUUCGGAUCUAUCUUAAUUCCGCAUCGCUAGCUGCGUUGAGACUGCAGACCGAGAGCAUUUGCAUCUUAAGGCAGGCGGAUGGCCCACCGAAGACUGCUAUAGCAUGGUAUGCAGCAGAAAAUAUUCAAAAUACUGUCAUGCAAACAUCCAGGACUCUGCAAGAGUGCUAUGGUAUCAAGGUUGGAGAAAAAGUUUCUAUCACUAGGUUCGAUGGUUCCCUGGAGAAUGUCGAAUUGGUGACAUUAGAAGAUUCUUCCGAUGCCGACAAGAUCGAGAAAUUCGGUCUCAUUUCAGAUGCCGACAGACCUUACUGGGAAUGGGCUUUGGACGACAAGCUCCUCAGAUGCGGCGCUUUGACGACAGGACUAACAUUUGAACUGGAGCUCAAGGGCCAACUCAGGUGCUUCCGAGUGGUCAAAAUCCGUUCUACAAACCCCAACUCCAGUCACACCCUAUUCCAGUUUACAAAAACCUCCAGGAUCUCCUUGGGAGCAGAAACGGAGGUGUCUACGGCACAAAAGCCCUCUGAGCUUCAAGUCCAGUCUGCUGGCCUGGGAGGUUUAUCCCGUCAGAUUGAGGACAUCAACGAGAGCUUGUCCGAUUUCAAUCUUGAUCCACGGAAACCGGAGAUGCCAUCAUUCUACGAGAACAGCCGAGGCAUUCUACUUUACGGACCAAAGGGCACUGGCAAGACAAGCCUUUUGGAACAAAUCGAGAAGGCUGGCUGGAGACAAGUCUUCAAAAUCGGCACCUCCUCUCUAGGCAAAAGUACUAGUGAGGGCGAAGCCAAACUGCGCAAGAUAUUUCAAGAGGCAGCUCACUCUCAACCCAGCGUGAUCAUAAUCGACCAGCUGGAGUUCAUUGCCCCAAAACGAACCUCUUUUGAAUCUCAGUCUAUCUCAUCUGUCUUAUGUGAAAACUUGGAUGCUCUUCGAGGUACAUCGACACUAGUGGUUGCUGCAACCCGGCACCCUAACCAGGUCGAUGAUGCCCUCAGAACUCCCCAGCGAUUUGGGACGGAGAUCGAACUGCAAGUUCCAACCGCACAGGAUCGAGCCGAGAUUUUACGUGCAAUUCGUGGGCCAGUUUCUGCUGGAUUGACCGAUACGCUUGUGGACCUCCUCGCCGAAAAGACACAUGGAUAUGUAGGAGCCGACCUUUUCGCCCUCCUGCAACUAGUCUGUCGCAAAGCUCGACAACGGCAAAUGAUGGAACAGAGCUUCCCUGUGACGUUCGCCAACCUUGCAAUCGAGCCCGAUAGCUCACAUCUUGAGGGGGAUAUCAAACAUGAUACGGCCACCCCAUUGGUGAUUCAAGAGCCAGAUAUCAUGUCCUCUCUGCAAGAGAUUCGUCCUACUGCUAUGCGGGAAGUCUUCCUAGAGACCCCCAAGGUCAGAUGGUCGGAUAUUGGUGGACAGCAUGAGAUUAAAAGACGUCUACAACAAGCAGUGGAGCGACCUUUGAAGUAUCCGCAACGGAUGCGCAGACUUAAUGUCAAUAGCAAGAAGGGUGUUCUUCUUUAUGGACCACCCGGCUGUUCAAAGACGUUGACGGUUAAAGCCCUAGCGACUGAAGCCGGAUUGAACUUUUUGGCAGUCAAGGGCGCCGAGAUCCUUAGCAUGUAUGUUGGAGAAUCGGAGCGGUCUUUGCGCGAGAUUUUCCGAAAAGCUCGAGCCGCACGACCUAGCAUCAUAUUUUUUGACGAGAUUGAUGCGAUUGCUGCGCGACGUGGCAGCUCUCAAGGAGGUGUCAAUGUUUUGACGACGUUACUGAACGAAAUGGACGGCAUUGAAGAGCUCCGAAACGUGCUGGUCAUUGCGGCGACCAACAAGCCCGAUGUGCUAGACCCGGCUUUGAUGCGCCCUGGAAGAUUGGACAACAUUCUUUAUAUUGGUCCACCAGACGUCGAAGCACGCAAGGAAAUCCUACGCAUUUGGGCCAACAAGUCCGUAGUGAACCCGGAGGUUGACUUAGACGACCUGGCUGUUCUGACCGAGGGAUAUUCAGGUGCAGAGAUAAUUAGCAUCUGUGAAACAGCCGGCGAUGCUGCAUUGGAUGAAGAAGAGGAAACCCAGCAAGAACAAGAUGUAAAGUGGAAGCACUUUGAAUAUGCGCUGGGACAAGUGAAGCGUCAGAUCACAGAUGCUGUCAUUCAAGAGUACGAGCAGUGGAGGGAUGGCUAA